UUGGUAUUAAACGCUUAACAAACGUUUGGUAUUAUGCGCGUUCAGCCAUGGAAAUGUUAAAAUGCAACUACCUUAAAUGUUCGAUCAUGCCGGCAAUCGGAAAUCUCCUGUAGAGAAAGUUAUUGCAGAAAGAUCUUUAUGGGACAGCGCUAAAAAUUAUACGUACAACCCGCUGCAUCACUUGGCGAAACGGUUCUUUCUACUAGAAACUGGGCACUGCAACAUCAUGCGGAAACUACGCAACGCUGUGCCGUGUUUCCUGGAUAAGAAUCGUAUAUGGGGAUAUCAGGAAAUUCUGGCGGAGGCACUGGUCGUCCUGUGGAUCAGCAGUCAAAUCUCGGUUAAAUUUGGCACCAGCUUUUUCCCGCAAUGGCAAACGGGCCGAACCGCGUCUGAUUAUCCAACCAGUUUGGACACCGUUCUUGAACUUUUUGGAUAUAAAUUACGUGGAUGCGUGCUAAAUGACUUACUGGAACACUGGAAGAAAGUCCCGAUCGAAAGCAUGUUAGAUUCCGCAUUAACCGGCAGCAACAUCGUAAUCAGUUCCACGCGAGCCAACCUCGGAUACACCGGCGCCGUGUUCACGGUGUGUUCCACCAUCAUGCUAAGUUUAUCCAUUGCCGGUUCACUCAUCGUCAACCGACACUGGCGACUUCCGAAAUUCACGCAAAGGCACCUGCCCGGUUGCGGCCGCGUUACGGCGUUCUGCUUCAAUUUCAAUCUCGAUGAUGACGCUGAUCCCGCGAAACAUGAUCAGGAAAUCUCGUUGAGAUCUUGGUGCUCUGUACUGGGCCUGCUACUUCUUGGUGUGGUCACUACUAUUUGUGCCACUGUGUUGUGGAUUAUCUUCUGUGUUUUACCGGUUAUUCUCCUCUUGGCCAUCAGCCUAAUCGAGGUCGUUGCGGAGGUUGGUGCCGAAGCGGGGUACCCAUGCUGGGUCGGGUUUGCCUGCCUGUUGAGCCUGCACUGUACCGGCCGGCUGUGGGGAUUGUGGAUAAACGACGGUUACAUCGGCUGGAUGCACAAGAAAAUAAAGAUUAUAUCCGGCGUGAGUUCGCUCGCCGAGUCCUCGGAAUCCGGAGAUCCCGCGGAGUCUAGCAUAACUUCACCGGUUUCCCAAGAGCCAAAGCAGGAUGCGCAUUAUGAGUCACCGCCCGCUCUUCCUUGUAUGUUCGUUUCCGGCUCGCUGACGGUGUUGUACUAUACCUGGGAAUUGCUAUUUUGCGGAACUGACUCUAUCUUUGGGAGAAAUCACCCUCUGAUCACAUCACCCUGUACAGAAUGCUGUAUGGAUGACGAAGCGAUUCUGAGCCCCGGAAGCGCUAUGGCUUCCUACUGGUUCGAACCAUACCCGUCUACCAACAACAGCCACUUCGAAAUUUUAACCAGAUUCACACCAUACAACUGGGAGUUGUAUACAGGCGGAGUAUUUUGGUUUUGGAGUAUAGCGGUGGUUUUCGCCAGUGCUUUGCCAUGGAUAGGUGUGGUAGUAGGUGCUCUAAUUGCGCUUGGCGUGGGAUUGUUCUCCUUGGCAUGCUGGUUCUGUCUGGACAACGCGGAUGAAAAUGACGGCAGGAUCACUGAGGGCCUCUGGACACAGGCGCAAAAGGAAAUGAAGAGAACAGAUACGGAGAGUAACGCAUCACAAUUCAGCUGCGCGUGCGACUCAGCGAUCACCAUCGUCGGCUCGAUCACCAUCAGCCUCCGACGAGCAGCAUGCUGGAUGUUCCUUCCGUGGCCAGUACUGCGUCUCCUCCUUGCGGAGCGAUUACAACUUCCUGGUCUACUGAUGGUUAUGACUGGUUAUCUAGUGUGGGUGUUCUGGACCUUCUUUCAAGAUUGCGAGAGACUGGACGAUGAAGAAUUUAAGCGCGGUCUAGCGCGGUUAGCGCCACGCAGACAGUCAAUCAAAGAUUCUGCGUGUGGCACAAACAACAAGCCAUCCAAAACCACAAAAUGCCCGCAUUGCCCGCACUGCCAACCAAAGGAUCAGCGUACAGCGCUGAAUGAGGGCGCUUCAGCUGUUUAACUGGGUGUAUACUCAUCUUUUUUGCCGUAAUGUCUGGAAACUAAUGGUUGUACGAAUACAUACAUACAUUGUUCGCUGCACAGGCCCAGCCGGCACAGCUAUCGACCGAUAAUGCAGUUUACCUAUCUCCAACGGGUCUGCUGUUACAUUUCUCCUAUUACCAUUUCUUCUCGCUUGUACAUGUUGCAUUUUUUUUUAGAAUUUGUUGGUCUAACAAUGAGA